AUGUACCCACAACGCCAGUUUUCGUCCACUCCUCUCCCGGGAUUGGGGAUGAUGGAGCAGCCCGUGUGUGUGGAGCAGGAUUAUCUACUCUGGCCACAAGGGGGCAUCAGUGCUGCAGAGAUGGGCAGCUGCGGGCACUCCAGGGGAUUGAUUCCUUUAGUCCAGCCCUGGUCUGGAGGGGAGGAUGCCCAGCGCGUACGGUGCCCUCGUCAGAGAGCGGCAGGGGAUGGGUGGUGCCGCUCAGUGAGGCUCAGAGCACGAACCUGCAGACAGGGAGAGAAAGGAGAUCCCAGUGUAAACCAGUAUAACGGCAGCUUCAGCGCGGGGAGGAGCCGUGGAGAUCCCAGUGUAAACCAACACAGGGAGGCUGCUGCUGUUGUAGGACUGGGACCCUCCCAGUUCUCCCAGGAUAAGGCGAGGGAGUGGCGAUCCCAGGCUCAGCCCAGAGGCUUCCCUAGACGACCCCCCCUUCCACAGAUGGAGGAGCCCCCGGCGAGGCGGCCCAGGGCCGUGGGCUGCUGGCGAUGCUUCUGGGAGUUCUGGAACUACGAGACCCCCAAAGUCCUUGUGGUGAAGAACCGCAACCUCGGCAUCAUGUACAGAGGGGUGCAGCUGCUCAUCCUGCUCUACUUCAUCUGGUACGUGUUCAUCAUCCAGAAGGGCUACCAGGAGAGCGAGACAGGCCCCGAGAGCUCCGUGCUCACCAAGGUGAAGGGCAUCACCCGCUCACCCAGCAAGGUCUGGGAUGUGGAGGAGUACGUCAAACCUGCUGAGGGCGGCAGCGUGUUCAGCAUCCUCACCCGGGUGGAAGUCACCCGCUCCCAGACGCUGGAGACCUGCCCGGAGAGCCUGGAGGUCCCUCACGCCACCUGCAGCUCCGACAGCGACUGUGUGGCUGGGGAGAUGGAGAUGCUGGGGAACGGAGAGAGGACGGGGCGCUGCGUCCCCUAUUACAGCGGGCCGGGGAAGACCUGUGAGGUCACCGCCUGGUGUCCAGUGGAAGACGGAGGAACGGUCAGCGAGUCCCUGGGGAAGAUGGCCGCGCAGUUCACCAUCCUGAUCAAGAACAACAUCCAAUUCCCCCGCUUCGGAUUCUCCAAAGGGAACGUGAAGGGUGAUAAGAACGGCUACCUCAAAAGCUGCACCUUCAACGAGACCACGGACCUGUACUGCCCCAUCUUCCGCCUGGGCUCCAUUGUGGAGCAGGCAGGAGAGAACUUCACCGCGCUGGCCGAACAGGGCGGCGUGAUCGGGGUGAUCAUAAACUGGAACUGUAACCUGGACCUGCCCGACUCCGCGUGCAAUCCCAGAUAUUCCUUCCGCAGGCUGGACCCCAAGAGAACUCAGGUGUCUUCUGGCUACAACUACAGGUUUGCCAAAUAUUACAACUGCAACGGGACGAACACGCGGAGCCUGAUCAAGGCCUAUGGGAUCCGCAUUGACGUUAUUGUGCAUGGCCAGGCAGGGAAGUUCAGCCUGAUCCCCACCAUCAUUAACCUGGCCACGGCGCUGACCUCGGUGGGAGUGGGCUCCUUCCUCUGCGACUGGAUCUUACUGACCUUCCUGAACAAGAACGACAUGUACAGCGCCCGGAAAUUCGAUCAGAUGCAGCCGCUUGGCACCUCGAGAGCCAGUGCCCAGAGACCGGGCCGGAUGGGCUCUCCCUGCCCCUGCUGGCUCUGGGCGUUCCCUGCGGGAGCCGGGCACUGCAGCCUGCCUGAUGAGCCACCCCCCAGGCCUUCCCCUGGCCGUUCUCCGCGCCCUGUGACCUGGGGUGGGGCCGUGAAGCGAGGCCCAGGCACUAACCGCCCCAUCUCUCCUCUGUCUGGCCAGGACAGGACCCCGGCGCCAGGCGGCAUUGGUAACGCCUGCACCACCCAGGCCUCCUCGCCGGCCCACCCCAAGGGCCCCGGCCAGCUCUGAGCUGCCUCUGCCCCCCACCUGCUGCUGUGGCUGGCCUGGGGACCCACUGCCAAUGGGCAGGCUGAGUGGGGCUGCCCCAGUACUGACUGGAGGGAUGAGGACCAGGAGACCCCCAGCCCAAUCCGGAUUUCACCCCACGGCCAGCAGAGUUCCUGGAGAGCCUCAGCUUCCCCGCGACUCUCUGCAGGGCUGGGGGCGAGUGAGCCCAGACCCAGACAGACCCCCAGCGCUAGGCCGAACACGCACCCCAGAGCCUUGUACAGACCCCGGGGCUGGGCCAAAUCCCCCGGAGGCUGGAGAGCCAGGUGACCCGCCACGGGGACAGGUACCCGCCCCGUUCUACGCCCCCUGCUCUGCCAGCCCCUCCUGCAGUGAACUGUGAUGAGGCGAGAGGUUGGCCCCAGUAGGCCAGCCGCAGAGAGGCUGGUCUGUGCAGGCUGCGGCCGCCUCCGCGGGCCCAGCCGGCUCUUUAACUCGCACUCACCAGGGAGUCAUUUGGGUCACUGGGUGUCGUGCUGAGGGGGGACAGAACCAGCAGGGAGCACAUGGGCACUGUCCUCUCCCGGGGCAUCACCUCUUCCCUGCUACUAUCCCCCUAAGGGAGCCCCCUGCCCUGCCCUGGGCUCCCCUUCCUCCACGGCUGCUCCCCACAUUUCCCCAGCUGUUCUGGAGCCUGCUCACCCCAUAGCACUCGCCCAUGAGCCCCCCACAAACCCAGCCAUGCCCACUCAUGGCGUCAGACAAGCCACCACUCACAGGGCAGUUCCUCACAGCGUGAUCACCACUCAGCCUUUUGGCUGGCUUUGAGCAGCAGCAGCUUAGUGAACACUACUGACGUUUGAAUUGAGGAAAGCACCAUUGAGAUGACCAGGGCACUUCACCCCCUCAGAGCUGCUGUUUCAGGCUCUCUGCAGACUCUGGCAGAGCUCACGGCAUCAGUGACGCUUGGGUCAUAGUUUGAAGGGGUUUGUUACAAUCCUAAGGACCAGAGAUUUAAUGUUAGUGCUCAGAGAUGGGGGGGGAGGGCUCAGGUUUUUGGCAGCCCAGCUUGAGACACCUCAUUUUCCAGGAAGUGCCGCGCCCCCGUCCUGUGAAAAACUGCCCUGGAGAUACCCCCAAAUCACCAGUCGCUGCUGAAAAGCUGGGCUUGAGAGCGUAGCCUGGCUCACACAAACGCAGGGCCCCGACCAGUCCCCCCCAGACACGCUCAGAGCUCACCUUGGGCCCUGAGCUGGCUCACGGCCUCCGGGGGGCAGGGGCCCAUGUGGUAAUCAGGAGCGCUGCGAGGUGAAAGCCCGUCCCCUUUGCACACCGUGACUGUGCCACACGGCUAGGCCAUAGGGCGGGCCGGCGCCUUGGCAGGGCUGGAGAUGUGAGAUCAGGGCAGGGCAGAACGGCUGGCGCGGCCCCCAGGAAGCACUGCACCGGCAGGUGCUGCUGGUUGAGUUCACAGCCAGGCAGGAACUGGUGGCACCAAGGCCUUGCUGGCCAAGCCAGCGGUGUCUGGUGGUGCUGGCACAAGGGGCUGUCCCAUCAUGCCUGCCUGCCUGCCCUCUCACUUCACCAAACAGCUAGGAAAUGAACGUGGGCAGAUGCUAUUACUGGCCCGGCCGGGCGAGCCAGGUCAGCGCCAGCGGGCCCUGCAGGCACAGGGGCUCCCGGGAGGUCGAGGGGCGCAAUGCAUCGUGGUACAGAUGGGCUAACUCCACUGUGAGCUGGAUGGCGAGCUGCCCACACGAGGCAGGCAGUGCGGCUUGCUGGGUUCCCGGUGCUGUGGGCCUCUGGCCCGCUGCUUUCAUGGGGCCGUUGUGUUGUCACGUUAUCCUGCCACUGGCCCUCUCGUGUCAUUGUAGCUGGGGCAAGGGACUGGCCCCCCCAAUCAGACCUGCCUCCGACCCCCAUGGCCCUGCACUCAGGUGCCUACCGUCAACUCGAGCGGCCCUUGCUGGCCGUUCACCUCCCGGCUGUCCAUGCAGGGGAAACCCUGUGAACCAUGUGCCGAGGAAGUGCCCAAUGCCCAGCGCAGUGGGGGUGACUUGGAGCCAUGAGCCUGGCAUCUCCUGGCUUUUGCACUGGCUGGAAUGGCGCCAAGCUGCCGUGAGCCGGGUCCAGGAAACGGCACUAGGCCAAUGAGAGUGGGGUGGGAACACUGGCUGUGACGCCUACCCCAGGCCCUGCCGCUCUCAGCACGGGGGGCUGGAUGGCUGGGGCAGUAGUGGCUGUAGGGUGAUCACAGCUCCCUCGCCUGGCCACCCCUCUCCCAGCAGGGGGCACUGUAAGGAGCAGGGGCACUCCCGGUUCGCCAGCCCCAGCCUGUCCCAGCAGGGGGCGCUCUGGGGAAGGCUGUGAUAGCCGCGUCUAUUAGCAAUGAUUUGCCGCUGCCCCAUGCCAUGACAGGCUCACGGGCGAGCACGUAGCUGGCAGUAUCCUGAGCUCCUCCAGAGGUGCCAGGCAGGACGGCGCAGCCCCCCAUGGCCCGUACCCAGAGAGACGGGAGGGCAGAGGCCACAUGACCAGACGCCAGGCAGCGGGUGGGUUGGGUUGGAGCAUGGUGAUGCCUGGGCACAGGGGUGGGCGGGGGCAGCUCCUGGAUCUCUUUGCCCUCAUUACACCAUCUCCCCACCCAGCGUCUUUCCAGGGGUGGUGCCCAGCCCCCCCCCCUUACAGGGCCAUACAGGAUGAGACUGGGCAUCCCCAGCGAGAUCAGGGCCCCACUGGGCUAGGUGCUGCAAUGCCCCCUCACCUCCAUCUCUCAUGGAGCUCUCAGAGCAUCCAUGGGGCAGGCGAGCCGGGUGCUGUCUGCUCAGCGUUUAGGGGCCCAGCUACACUCCCGAGCUGUGGUGUGGCCCAGCCAAGCACUGAGCCGGUUUGCUUGGCCUUGCCCCCAUUGCUACCCAGGGCCGGCUUUAGGAAGUGCGGGGCCCAAUUCGAACAUUUUUGGCGGGGCCCCCCAAAAAAACA